UGCAUCACACUUCUUUCAGGAAGAUCAUAGUCAAGUGUCACCUGGCAACAGAAUCAUCUAAAUAACUUUAACAUAAAGUGGAAUUGUAGAACUGCACCAAAAUGGCGAAAAUUGGCGUUGUAUUGGCCCUGGCACUAGUUGCAUGUGCAUUUUUAUCUGCAAACGCAGAUUCAGAUCAGCGUGUUCGUCGUGCACCGGGUUCAAAACCUGUACGUCCACCACCACCAAUUAGACCACGUCCCCCUCAUCCCCGUCUUCGUCGAGAAGCUGAAGAACUCGGAAAUGGGGAUGAGGAUUCUCUGGUUGCCCAAGAGCGUGUUCGUCGUGCACCGGGUUCAAAACCUGUACGUCCACCACCACCAAUUAGACCACGUCCCCCUCAUCCCCGUCUUCGCCGAGAAGCUGAAGAACUCGAAAAUGUACAUGAGGAUUCUCUGGUUGUCCAAGAGCGUGUUCGUCGUGCACCGGGUUCAAAACCUGUACGUCCGCCACCACCAAUUAGACCACGUCCCCCUCAUCCCCGUCUUCGUCGCGAACCAGCUCUUCCCAGACCACCACCACCAUUUAGACCCAGACCCCCUCAUCCACGCCUUUGAAGAGAAGCAGAUUCUGGAUAAAUCUCUCUUCAUUUUCAAUCGUGAUGUCUAUUUGUGCUU